AUGCGGAAGCUGCGAGAAGCUUCCAAAGGCGAAAAGAGGGACGCCACGGAUCGAAGACAGCUAGUCGCACGCUCAGAAUCCAAAAGAAGGAACAAAGAGAAGACGGAGAAUCAAAGGAUGCGAAACCUCGCCACCAUGCAUGCCGCAGAGCAAAAAGAAGCACGUCAUGAUUUCACAAAAAGGACUAGAGUCCGCCUUUGCUCCUCUUUUCCUCCGUGUCGCCAGCGCAUAGGAGGGGCAGGAGCAGCCGCAGCCGCAGCAGGAGCAGCAGCUGCCGCAGCAGCAGCAGCAGCAGCAAGCAUCAGCAAACGCAUGCGACGCAGAGACAGCGAAGGCAGUGACGGGGUGCAGGAAGAUCGCGAGCGAGAAGGAGGGGUCCGAGGGGGCCCCCCACCCACCGGCUCCACACAGCCGAUUCACAGCGGCAAGAGCUUCCGUUCUGGAGGCGGAGCUACAGAGGAGGGGGAGCUUCGGGUAAGUCCUUCUGCGUCGCACCAUCAUCACCGUCAGCAGCAGCAGCAGCAGCAGCAGCAGCAGCAGCAGCAGCAGCAGCAGCGAGGGCGGUGGUGUAGCCGCGAGGCCCCCCGUUCUCCUUCCCCCCGUCUCAGCAGGAGUUACAGCCGCAGCCUCUCCGCUCGGCGUGGCAGGGGCCCCUCGAGGGGCCCCUCGAGGGGGCCCCCCCCUACUUCACCGAGGGGCACGCACCACAGAGGCGGGGCAGUAGCCGACGCGGCUGCUGAUUUUCCCGUUGCACCCCCUCGACGCAGCAGCAGCAGCAGAGAACGCUUCCGGGGGGGGGGGGGGCCUCUCCACCCCCACAACCACCGUUCCUUCGGAUCGUGGGGGGUCCGUCUGGAGGGCCUCCCUGCGAACGUCUCAAAAGGAGAAAUCAUGGAUUGGCUAAGAGACUCUGGAUUCAGAGUGAUCCCCGAGCAGGUUGUUCUGCCUUCUUCUUCUCCUUCUCCUUCCCAGCAACAGCAGGGGCAGCAGAGCGACGAUCAGCAGCAAGAGCAGCAGCAGCAAGAGCAGCAACAACAGCGGGCAUUUGUGGGGUUGCAUAGUCGCGAGCAGGCGGAGUCGGCGCAGUUUCGCCUGCAUCGAAGGGCCCUGCGGAGCAGCCGCAUCGACGUGUUUCUGGUGCACCCUGAUGAUCCGAAUCCGGCGGCAAGCAGCAGGAGUAGCAGGAUUGGGGGAGGGGGAGGGCCGCAUGCAAGAUCUAGGAGCCCCUCUCCCCGUCGUCGGGGUCGAAGUGGCUCGCGCUCUCCGGGGAGAUUCGGCGGCAGUCACCGCAGUGCAGUUUCUACUUCAGGAGGAGGAGCAGAGCGAGCAGAUCGUGGCGAUAGAAGAGGUUACCGGAGAUCGGGGGCAGGACCUCGCAGAGUGAGCGGAAAUCAGACAUCUUUCCCUACGCCUGCGCCAGCCAACAGCUUUAAUGCAAAAACUCGCCGCAGUUCAGCAUCCGUGAACGGCCAUGUGGAUUGCGCCACGCAGCUGUCGAGACAGCGCGCUGGACGACCGCCCGGCCGCAGGGCCUCUCCUCAAAAUUCAACGCAUGCGACACAACGAAGGGCUCUCGGGCAGUAUGAGAAAAAACUUGCGCUGAGCGCUGUUCGACUUUCCACGGCCGCGUCUACAAAGCGGCGCUCUAACCCCGAAAUUGCACUUUCCGAAGUCGCAGGUGUCCACUUUUGCAUGUCCAAUUUGCAAGGGGGAGGAGACCUCGACGACAGCCGCUCAAGAUCACGGGAAUCUUCUCGUUCGCUGACACCUUCGGAUAUCAGCGGAGGCGCUGGCGUGGGCAGCACUCACCGCCGCGGAGGAGGCCAAGGAGCCUCGAGAGGCGCUACUGCGGGGGAGCGACAACAAGACGCUCAUCGGAAAGGGCACUGCAAGCCUUGCCCACAAGUCGUUCGAGGGCUUGAGUGCUUCAGGGGGCCUACUUGUUCAUACUGUCAUCAUGCCGAGCACGAUCCGAUGUUUUACCGACCUAAAGAGCAGCAAAAAGAUGGCGAACAUGCCGCAGACACUGUCUCUUUCUCUGUCACAGACUCCGCGGCAGCGUCGAAGCAGGAAGCCUCACAGCAGCAGCAGCAGGAGGGCACUCCAGAAGCAGAGACGGAAGACUCAGCAGAACCUACUACGCUGCAGCAGCAGGUUCAGAGACAACACAGGGCAGGAACAUGUCUCCCUUGUGCUGAUCACUUGAGCGGCAGUUGCAACAAGGGGCUUCGCUGCUCCUUCUGCCACCAUCCAGAUCAUUCGGCAGAAGCGACGGCCUCUCAGAAGCAGGCACAAAUUGCGAGAAAAGAAAGGAAGGGGCGACAAGAAGCUCGCGAGCAGCAGCUGCAGUAUGCGCUGGAACGUCAUCGCAAGGGGUGGUGUCAACCCUGCAAGGCCUUUUUUGCUGCUGACGCAGUCUGCAAGGCGGAGGCUAAGGGGCAGAUUUGUUUGCAAUGUCACCACGAGGAUCAUCGCUCACAAAUGCCAAAGACCAUGAAGACACCGCUGGCCAUUGACUUGCUACAGCCAGAAGCUGAGCCAGAGGAAGCGGAGGGGGGGGAAAGCGCGAAGCUUUCGGCAGUCGCUCCGCUUAUCGCGGAAAAGCCUAAGCUUGGACUCGUUGGCGAAGAAGGGGUAGGCGCGUCUAGACAGCAGAAGCAACGUUGCUUUUUUAUUCCACGCGAGAAGGGGGAGCGGAAAGAGGGGGCGAGAGAGGGUAUGACUGCUGCUGCACGCGAGAAGUCGCUCGCGGAAGCUCACCGAUGGGUUGUUCGCAAACACGAAAAGGGCAUUUGUACGGCCUGCAAGGCCCUCACUGCUGGCAAAAGGUGUCUUCCCGAGCAGAAUUGCAUGCAAUGCCACCAUUCUUCCCACUUAACACCAGAAAUUGUACGUCACGCACGGGGCCCCUCGACGCAGUUUUCGGCUUGCGAAGGCGGAGAGGGGAAGGGGGCAACAUCCCUAUUCGAAUUUCGCUUCAACGAGUGCUCGCAUAAAAGGACUUCUAGAAAUAACUGA